AUGAAGGACAGGUCCAAGGUAGAUGUGCUCAUUGUGGGGACUGGGCGAGCAGGCUUGAUGGCGGCUGCAUGGAUGGCACAGGCAAUAAUAAACACAUUGGUGGUCAAUGCGAAGCUGGCUCACACGCAGUCCGGUCGCGCAGAUGGCCUUGAAAGUCGCAACAUGGAGAUCUUUGAUAGUUUUGGCUGGCCGAAAAGAUCGGGAAAGAAUCCAGUCAUACCAACGUUUUAUGCCUUUGGAUAA